ACAUGAGGAUGAAGAAAUGUUGUACAUUUUUUGGUGGAAUAUCUCUUUAAUUCAACCCCCCCCCACCACCACCACCCCAAAAAACCACCCUUUAUUUGGACCCCACUGACUUGCAUUGCAUGUGAAACAUUCUUCAAAAUAUAUUUUGUGUUUUGCACAGAAGAAAGUCAUUAAGGUUUGAAAUGACAUGAAGCUGCGUAAAUGAUAACAGAAUAUUCUUUUUUUGACUGAACUAUCCCUCAUUAAGGGAAGUAGACCAUUAGAAGGCUGCAUAUGUUUAUGGUUUGUGUGUUAAAGGUCAGGUAGUCAUGUGACCUAUAUAACCAUAUCACAAACUGUCCAACUGCUUAUAAUCAGAGAAACAUACAUUUAUAUGCAAACUAAUGUCAAGAGCUGGACAAAAAAAUUGAUUUCAAUUGAGCUUAUUUUAGGUAACGUGUUAUAAUUCUUGCAAAACUUAAAUUACAGUUUAAACUACCGCGAAACACUUCAUUUUUUUUUAAAGCAGGAAUGUGUAACAGAAGAUCUGCAUAGCUGGCUGGCGAGGUGAGAGAGAGAUUUUCUGCCUUUGACUCUUUCUCACAGUGUGAGGAAUGAUGCCUGGAGGAGCAUGUGCACCAAGCGAGCGCUUGUUUGGAGUUUGCUGGUCCUCUCUGUCUUUCAUAUGGGACUCGGGGUGUCCUGCAUCUCUUUGGGUGUGCUGGGGAUCACACAACCCCGCAGGCUACAGAAAAGCCAAACCUCCUUCUCCACACCCAUAUGGAGCGGCGUGUGUUUUCUUGUCUGUGGACUAUCUGGGAUACUGUGUGCGAAGAAACAAACUGGAGUGACUAUGAUCCUGUUUUCAGCUUGUUGCAUCUGUGGACUUAUUGGGGGAAUUCUCAAUGUCCAGUUUGUGCGUGCAGUGGUGAAACGGACGAGCAGUCUGUACUAUAUGCACCUGGCCUUCCUCUGCCUGGCCAGCCUGGGCAUCUUGGGCUGCACCCUCUCCACCUGGCUCACCUGCAGACUCGCCAGCUGUGAACAGAAAAGACUGUUUCUGGAAAGGGAUCUGUCGCUGCAUCAUUCUAUGGAGAUGGGCGAGAAGGUGAAGGCGACGUGUGGAUGAACUAUCCGUGAGAUCUAUGUGACUGUUAUUAAAAAUGUAAAAGCGUAUAUUUGGUUGGAUUGCUUCGUUUGAGUUACGUCGUGAUAAUUUGUCUCUUUUAAGAUAGCAGGUAUUCUGUUUCAUGUCAAAGUUGUUCAUGUUUAAAGUUCUAUAAAACAAAUAAAUCCUGGA